AUGACGUUUAAUCUAAACGGUUCUCUGCUCCUACGAGUUGUUCGACACGCCACAUACGUGAACUUUCCACGUCCAGAUGACUGCUCCUACUUGCAUAAGCUGAGCGUCGACGAACAGUGUCAGUUCGUAGAGUCGUCUGAGGCAUGCACGGAAAGCGUCUUCUAUUUCAAUUAUGUUUGGUUCCUCUACUGCACUUUAGGGUCGGAGAGAGCGUAUCUUUUCAACGCAGGUUUCAUGUUUCUACUCUGCGUAUGUGCCUAUUACUUUAUCAUUUUGGGGACUACAGCGGACCAGUUCUUCUGCCCGACACUAGCCGCCAUUGCGGAAACACUGAACAUCAGUGAGACUUUGGCUGGUGUUACGAUACUCGCCUUUGGCAAUGGCUCUCCAGAUUUAUUUACCGCCGUCGCCAAUCCGGAUGAGGACACCGAGCUUAUGUUUGCGGAGUUGUUCGGAUCAGCCGCGUUCGUAAUCGGCGUGAUUGGUGGAACCGUCCUGUUGAUUGAACCAUUCACUUUCGCCCCUUGGGGUAUAUCUAGAGAUUUGGCUUUCUUCAUAAUUUCGGUCGUAUGGAUUUCGUUGAAAGCGGCUGAUGAGCGGUUCAACAUGGUAGAUAGCUCCGUGUUGAUAGGUCUUUAUUUGACGUUUUUGUUUCUGGUGAUCUGGGAGUUUGUCCUGGCUAGGCGAGAAAUGCAAACAGCUCGUGCAAGAGAAGCAUCAAUGCCCAAUCCAAGUGCAAGAAACGAUCAUUUGAAUGUCGAAUCAAACGUUCCAGCUAACGCUGGUUUGCUAGUUGAUUUCUGGUUUCACAUAAAGCCCAUUGAUCCUGAAGAAUGGAGCCUAGGAGGAUGCGUAACAAGGACGAUUUGUCUACUGAAGGCCCCGUUUGUUUUAUUGCUUCUGUUAACGAUACCUAUUGUGGACGUAACAGCAGAGCGUAAUGGCUGGUGUAAACUACUAAAUAUCUGUCAUUGCCUCACGUUGCCGUUAAUGGUAGUGUUUGUAAAUGGUUUGGCUUUCAUAUGGAUUGCACACGUGCCUCUCUUCAUGUGGACCAUGUUAGCAUCGCUACCGUUUAUGAUUGUUAUCUUUUACACAUCGCGAACCGAUCGAUGUCCACAGUUCCACAGAUGUUUCACAAUUCUUAGUUUUUUGGGGUGCGUGCAGGCCAUUUACAUAAUCGCCCAGGAAGUUGUGAGUGUUCUUGAAACUUUAGGAUUAGUGUUGAAGCUUUCAAAAUCCAUUCUCGGAUUGUCGAUGCUCGCAUGGGGAAAUAGUAUCGGUGAUCUAUUCUCGAACGUUGCCCUAGCUCGCCAGGGUUACGGCAAGAUGGCUUUUGCUGCAUGUUUCGGCGGUCCUUUGCUGAAUCUUUGCUUGGGAUUGGGGCUAACUCUGAUGGUAAAAGCUUUUGGUUCAUUUAACUUAGUAGCUGAAGUUCGCAAAGGAGUGAUGGGAGAAAACUGCGAAGCCUACCUGUUUCAGAUCCUUACCACCACCUGGCUGUGUUUGCUUUUCACCAAUUUUCAAGGACGUAGAAGUGUUGGAAUCUCGAUGAUCAUAACAUACGGUAUGUUCUUAAUAUUUUCAUUCCUUGGCGAGUUCGAACUCCUCCAUCCGUUCGGUACGGAUCACCAGUCGGAUCCAAAUGCCGGAUGA